AUAAUAGGUACCUACGUACCUAUCUAUUUAUUUAAUUUUUGUUUUGUCUUGUUUUCUAUUAUUUUAUUUAUUUUCAAAUACUCAAUAAGCUAACAAAAAUGAUCUCAAGAAAAGGUCAAAAGACCGUAAAUGAAGGGGUGGUCGGUAAAUACAUAAAAAAGGAUACCCCUCCAGACUUACCAAUCAUCAAUGUCUGGACUACGGGACACAAUAGAAGGCCACGGAGUCAACCCUUUGGUGUAGGUGAAGGAAGUUCUCAAAAUCAUGAAAAUAAAUUUGGCAAAGCCCAAACUAUGAGUGGGCAUGCUGGAAAGUACACUCCAAGUGAAUCAGUUCCAAAUUUAACUCACAGAUUAGCAGCUUUAACUACUAGUGAUGCUGCCAGUUCAUCAAGUUAUUAUAAUUCCCAGUACCUUCUUGACCCUAAUGUGGCAUCUCAUUCAACAUUGAAUGAAAUAGAUGACUCAUUCAGCCGCCAGCCAAGCUACAGGUACUACAGGCAGCAGCAGGAGGACCCUAUUUAUCAGAAUCAGCAACAGGUCCAGCAGCAGAAGCACCAACAGUACGGGUUGCGCGAGUCCAGCAUGCCCCGGCUGUCCUCCAACCUGAGUCUCGCGCCGCGGUUACAUCCCUCCACGCCGCACUCUAUACGACUUCACACCUGCACGGAUUCAUUUACUACAGGCAGUCAAUCAUCGCCAAUCUACUCGAAUUUCGUUAGCACCCCUGCUCUUCCAUAUCCUACUGAACCCCACGGAAGCAAUAUCAUCUCCAGUAAUCAAGCGUCAGACGAAUGCGACCUGCCGUUGCCUCCUGGUUGGUCGGAGGACCGGACGCUGCGAGGCCGCCGCUACUACAUGGACCACAACACUCAGACCACGCACUGGACACACCCGCUGGAGAGCGUGCCACGGCCCUGGCAGCGAGUAUCCACGCCGCACCAUGGAGUUUACUACUUUAAUGAAAUAACUCAUCAAACGACAUACGCCCACCCGUGCUUGGUGGGCGGCUGCUACGUUGUAAGCCCGUACGUGCCCACGCUGGUGCCGCCCUGCCUCAUGGAGGAGAUACCGCACUGGCUGGCUGUUUAUUUUAAGGCUGACCAAGAGCUGGACCACAAGCUGCGCUGGAACAUGUUCCGGCUAAGCGAACUCGACUGCUACUCGGACAUGCUGACGCGGCUCUACAAGCAGGAACUGCAACUCAUAGUCAUGAAGUAUGAACAGUACAGAUCUGCGUUAUUACAAGAAAUAGAAAGAAGACGACACGCCGUGACUUACCACGCGCACAAUAAUUGAUGUAAUUGUUUACGAUAAAUCAUUUGCCUUAUUGAGCUGUGAUCGUCUAUUUGUAAGGAUAUAUUUUUAAGUCAAAUAACUUUGAAUCAAAAUUUCUAAAGGAAUUAAAUUAGGUAUGUAACCUAUUUGAAAGAGAGAAAGUUAUUUUAUUCGACUGUAUUUUUUAUAACAGUAUUUUCCUUAUGUGCCAAGUUCUUUCUUGCAUUUUAUCUAAAAGUGGUUUGAGGUUCCUCUUUGCUGGUUGAUACAUGAUAUAAAAUUAUAGUCACAUCUUUUACUGAUUAAGUGCAGUCUUGAGCCUCGAAUGUGAAUGCUUUCCCAACAGGGAAUCUUAAUGUGCAGCAAACAAAUCUAUUAUUCAGAAUGGUUCAGAUAUUUAUGAAUACAUAGUAAUGAGUGAUCUGAGAUCUGCCCUGGCAGCAUAUAACGAGCAAAGCCGUUUUUGUCCCAUUUCACGUCAUAAUAAAAAAAAGCGAAACAGCGAUAUUUUGUUUGACUCUUCGUCUUCUUAAAUUUUAGAGCUAACUAUUUUCGGUGGAGCUUUCUCCAUUCAUAUCCUUUUACGUUUGCUUUUUGCUAUAUUUGAUCUAAAUAUUUUAUACUUGGUCUUCUCUCUUUCCAUUAAUUUUUCCUUCCACAAUAUUUUUUAAAAAUUCGUCAUGUCGGAUUGUUUUAUUAUGACGAGAUGUUUUAGAUACGCGUGCCAUGACACGGCAGCUGCAAUAAAAUACUAGGUAUGUGUAUAAUUGUUAUAUGGGCACAAUCACGCAUUAAUGAGAGCUAAAGUUCUCUUUUUAAAACAAGGCAUAAUAAGUGUUUUCCAUUAUAUUUUUAAGGAUGUAUUAAAUAUAUAUUUUACUAUUGAAUAUUUAUAAUGACAUAACUUUGCCUUAAGAACAUAUUACA